AUGGGGCGGGGGCUUGCUGACGUGGCGAUGUGGCCGGCGCUGCUGACGCGGAGCGUGGAGAAGAGGCUCCGUCCUCGUUAUAAGCUGCUGCUGGAAGCGGGUAAGGCGGAGAAGUACGGGCUUGGGUACAUGUUUGGAUGCAAGGAUGUGGAUUUUGAAAAGAGAUUUGGACUGAAGCUCCCAAAGAACCGAGGGGAGGAAGAGGAGGGGAGCAAGGAGGGGGAAGCGGAGAAAAAGGAUGGGGAGGAGGGAAAGAAGGGAAAGGAGGAGGGAGAGGAGGUUGAGGAAUUACUAGUGGUGAAGGCAGUGGGGGAGGAGGGAGAGGGAUUGCUGGUGGUAAAAGCAGUAGUGGAAGAGGGAGAGGAGGAGGGGGUGGUGGUGGUGGUGAAAGGAAUUGGGACAGGUGCGGAGGAGGAGGAUGAGGAGGGGAACGAAGGGAAGAAGGGGGAGGAAGAGGAGGAGGGGGAGGAGGUGGAGGAGGAGGAGCAGGAGGGGAGGAAGCAAGAGGAGCAAGUGGGAGGAGGCGGGGAGGUGAGAGGAGGGGGAGGGGGAUGGGGAGGAAGGGGUGGGAAGGGCGCAGCAGGGGGUGGGGGCGUGGGGGAGGAGGAUGGGGAGUUCACAGUGAGACUCUACAGUACCAUGGGCCUGGAUUUGAGCAGAGGUGCUGUGCUGAGGUUGUGGGAACACACCCUCGUGGUCUGUUGCUUUGAGCACUACAGUGUAGAAACUGGUGGGGGUUUUUCAGAGCAAUUAUGGAUGCUUGUACGCGUAGAAGGGUAA